UGGUCACAUGACUGUAGUGUAGGUACCGGUUCCUCAACACGGAGUCUACAGACAGACACCAACGUAGAGGUCGUCUCUGCUGCUGUUAACAAUCCCCAGACUCUCCUGUCUUCUCCCCGGUAAAAAGCCGCUUCGUGGAGCCGCCUGCUCGAUGCUAGAGAUGUCUCGGAGAGCUGCGGUUAUUGUCUUGUUGUCGGCCGUGUUGUCCGGUGUGUCCGCGGGAGUGUUUUUCAACCAGAAGCAGCCCUGCUAUAUCCGCACACCGAGGAGAAACGACUUUGGAGUGAAGACUACUGCUCGUCCUCAUGAGUAUUUAAACAUUUCUGAUUUGCCCAAGUCAUGGGACUGGAGGAACAUCAACGGCACAAACUAUGUCAGCACGACCCGCAACCAGCACAUUCCCCAGUACUGUGGCUCCUGCUGGGCCCAUGGCAGCACCAGUGCAAUGGCAGAUCGCAUCAACAUUAAGCGCAAAGGAGCGUGGCCAUCUGCCUAUCUCUCUGUCCAGCAUGUGAUCGACUGUGGUGAUGCUGGCAGUUGCCAUGGAGGGGAUCACACCGGGGUUUGGGAUUACGCUAGCAAACACGGGAUCCCAGAUGAGACCUGCAACAACUACCAGGCAAAAGACCAAAAGUGCAAGCCCUUCAACGAAUGUGGCACCUGCACCACCUUUGGAGUGUGCAAUAUUGUGAAGAACUACACCCUGUGGAAAGUGGGAGAUUAUGGAGCUGUCAGUGGGAGAGAGAAGAUGAUGGCAGAGAUCUACGCUAGAGGACCCAUCAGCUGUGGGAUUAUGGCCACAGACAAACUGGAUGCCUACACCGGAGGCCUCUACUCUGAAUAUCACGAGGAACCUUUCAUCAACCACAUCGUGUCAGUGGCAGGAUGGGGAGUGGAGGAUGGCGUUGAAUACUGGGUUGUGCGUAACUCCUGGGGAGAGCCAUGGGGUGAGAAGGGAUGGCUCAGGAUUGUGACCAGUGCCUACAAGGGAGGAAGUGGCAGCACAUACAACCUGGCGUUGGAGGAGGACUGCAUGUACGGUGACCCAAUUGUCCCUAAAGCCUACCUCUAGAGGAGACCAGCACUCACAGUGUCAGAGGUCGUCACUGCACACGCUCAUAAUGUCUUCCUGUCUUGGGCAGAGGGAAAGUUUUUAUAUGUAAAAGCUUGAAAAGGGAAGUUCAGAGUUUUCUUUAUAGAGAUCUUAUCUGCGAUUAUUUUUUACACUUGUAAUCAGGGGUCAGAUUUCACUUCCAACAUCUUCCAGUUGGAUAUUAGACCUGCUCGAAUUAAUACAGAUUUUCUGUUUUUAUCACAGUGGGAUCUACAGGCUUUUAACAGUCUGACACUUUUAAAUUAAGUUGGAGUGAAACACAUCAGUGCAACUAAAUUCUGUGCUAGAGGAAAAUUUAGCCACUGCAUGCUGAACAGCUACAAUGGGAUAAAUACAUUCAGUUUACAUCAUCAAAAAGACAUACAUACAGAAGGUUUUCAGUUUUAAUCGUCAAAUGCAAACUGACUCAGCCAAAGAACAGAGUGUUUAUAAUUUGUCUUGCACUGCACCAACACUGAAUGUUUUCAGCGUCUGGUGUUAAUGUAUUGACAAGAUUGCACUACAACCUGAUGCAGGGUUUGUACACAAAAACUGAAAAAAAAAAAAA